AUGAGGAACAGGAUCGACCAGCAGUGGCAGUACCGCAUCUACUGUAAGACGCUGAAAGCCACUGAACGGAAUCUGCUGCAUCAUUACCUGGAGAGAUCGACACUGACUGAUAUACAGCCGCACAUUGGUAAAUAUUUAUAUGACGCACAUCCAGAUCAUAAAGACCAGCAGGAUCAGAAGGACCCAGAUCCGAGCAAGCUGAUCUUCCAGCUGGAUGGAGAACAAUGGACGGACUUCCCCAAAGAGCUGCAGUGGAUGACUUACCUGAAGGAAUGGCAUAUCAGAGGGACAAAGAUCCACCAGCUGCCUGACUAUAUGGCUCUGUUCACCCAGCUCACGGUGCUUGAGUUCCCCAAAAAUGCCCUUACAGAGCUGCCACCUGAGAUCGGUAAGCUGACGGAGCUGAGGCAGCUGAACGUCAGCUACAACCGUCUCUCCAGAGUUCCUCCAGAACUAGGAAACUGUGAAAACCUGGAGAGACUCGAACUCACAGGAAACCACAACCUGUCAGAGCUGCCGUUUGAGCUGAGUGACCUGAAGCAGCUGGUUCACCUGGACAUAGCGGAGAACAAGUUUGUGUCUAUACCCAUCUGUGCUCUGAGGAUGAGUAGCCUGCAGGUGCUGGACCUGAGCAACAACCAUCUGACCGACCUGCCACAAGACAUGGACAGGUUGGAGCAGCUGGUCUCUCUGUUCGUCCAUAAAAACAACCUGACGUACCUCCCUCAGUCUCUCACCAACGUCUCCACACUCAAGAUGAUAGUUGUCAGUGGCGAUGAGCUCAAUUGCAUCCCGACCAAACUGUGCAGGAACCCAGACAUCAAGUUUAUCCGACUGUACGACAACCCUGCAAGUGAAGAGACGAAGAAGAAAGAAGAGGAGAAGAAGAAGGAAGAGAAGGACCAGAGAAAGAGGUGGAGAGAGAAGAAGGAAGAGGAGGUGAAGAAGGACAGCAGAGAGAAAGAGUUCAUUGAGGCGUACAUCAACACGCUGCAGGACAGAGACACCGUCCCCUACUCCACCACAAAAGUCUCCAUCUCAUGCCUGCUGUGAGGAGGAUGACGACGAUGAUGAUGUUUAAGGUUGAGCUGAAAGUCUGUUGCCAUGUGAGUGAACAAGAGAUCAAAUGUUAUCGCACUUUUCAAAGCAGCACCAGGAAAGAAAGAAAAAAAAAACUACCAAAAAGGUCACUUGGAAAACACUAGCUUGUUCUUAGCUUUGACUCUAAGCACUACGAUGUUUGAUGUGAAUAUUUGUUUUAUGUUUCAGACCAGUGUUUUUCAGCUAAAAUAUGAAUUAAAUUUAAAAUUGCACGGAGAAAUGUUCCAGUUGCAGGUGUGGAAGAUAAUUUCUGC